ACAGAAUAGUAAUUUUUCUCUGUGCGUGUGAGAAAGGAAGAAAGGAGGGUAGCUUAUAGUGAAGUGGAGCUGGGUUUGGAAAAGGGCACGGAGUACUUUUUUUUAUAUUUAUAUUCGUCCAUUCUGCCCAUUCCCAUCUCAUUAUCCUGGCGAAAGGUUGAACAGUUAAAAUGGAGGCGGACAGAACCGGCGGAGGAUCUAACCCGAACUCCGGAGUCGGCGGCGGCAGCAGUGGAACGGGGCGCAACCCAAACGGGCCUAAAGCAGGACCGGGCCAGGCGACAUCAGCUGGUGGGACCGGGGCAAUGGCAGCGGCCGCAGCAGCAGCCGCCGGGGCCGUCCCCGGACCGUUGCAGCAGUCACGGGAGCCGCAGGACGGGGAGUCGGGGAUGACGCUUCCUGGGAUCCUGCACUUCAUCCAGUACGAGUGGGGACGCUUCCAGGCCGAGAAAUACCGCUGGGAGGCUGAGAGAGACGAACUCAGGGCUCAGGUUGCGUUUCUUCAGGGUGAGAGGAAAGGGCAGGAGAAUAUGAAACAGGACCUGGUGAGGCGAAUCAAAAUGCUGGAGUACGCCCUCAAACAAGAGAGGGCUAAGCACCAAAAGCUGAAGACAGGAAAUGACCAGAGUCCUGGGGACAAGAAACCAGAGACAGAGGCAGAUCAACUUCCCAAUGGGCCGGCUGAGUCAGAUUCAGAGCCAGCCAAUCAGAUGUCCUGGAAGGAGGGACGUCAGCUACUACGCAAAUAUCUCGAGGAAGUGGGUUAUUCAGACACCAUUCUGGACAUGCGUUCUAAGCGCGUGCGCUCCCUUCUUGGGCGGAGCAGCCCUGAAGCUAACGGGCCCCCACCCAGUGAAAGCUGUCCUGAGCCUGAGCCACGAGCAGGUGGAGAGUCCUUGUUGGUCAGACAAAUAGAGGAACAGAUAAAAAGGAAUGCGGGCAAAGAAAGCUCUAAGGAACGUGUGGGGGGUUCAGUGCUGGAUAAGAUCCCCUUCCUGCAUGGCUGUGAGGACGAUGACGAAGACGACAGUGACGAGGAAGAUGAAUUCCAAGGCAUGGCCACCGAUUGCAUCGAUGGCCCGCGCAAGAACAAAAAGUCUCGCGUGAAGAUGGGUUCGGAACCUAUGACCACAGAUAUGGACCCUGAAGACGAAGAGGACGAGGACGACUCGGAAGACGCCCUCAAUGAGUUUGACUUCCUGGGCUCAGGGGAGGAUGGGGAGGGGGCGGGAGAGGCCCGGAUCUCAGGGGAUGGACGGGAGUUAGAAAACCGCAGGAACAAGUUACAAGGAAUGAUGUCAGAUUUCCCCCCUAAACCUACCCCGCCCCCUUCUGUAUCCGGACAGGCUCGCUCCGGGGAAGGUGGUGCCCUGGGUUUCUCCUCUGAUGUCUUCAUCAUGGAUGCUGUUGGCGGAGGUGACAUGAACCUGGGAGAGCUGGCUGAUCUCACUGUUGCCAAUGACAAUGAUCUUUCCAUGGAUUUGCAGGAUAACAGAGAAGAGUUUAAGAAGACAUGGAACCCCCGAUUCACACUACGCAGCCACUUUGACGCCAUCCGUGCUUUGACCUUUCACCCGAGCCAAGCAGUGCUGCUCACAGCCUCUGAGGAUGGCACACUAAAACUCUGGAACCUCAACAAGGCAAUGCACUCUAAAAAGAAUGCGGCUUUGGACGUUGAACCCAUCUAUACAUUUAGAGCACACAGUGGAGCUGUUCUUUCACUGACGAUGGGUGAAGAUGGAGAGUCCUGCUACAGUGGAGGUCUAGAUGGAUCCAUCAGGUGUUGGAAGAUGCCGGACCUGAAUGUGGAUCCCUAUGAUAACUAUGAUCCUGGUAUUGAAAGCAGUGUACUAGCAGGCCACGAGGACAGCGUGUGGGGUCUGACUUACUCUGCAGUUCACCAUCGUCUUGCCUCAUGUUCAGCAGAUGGCACCAUUCGUAUCUGGGAUCCUCAGAACUCAUCCCCCUGCAUGUCUGUCUUCAAUAAGGAGAGAGAGCACGGAACACCCACCUCAGUGGCAUUUGUAGCCACUGAUCCCAACCAGGUGGUGGUGUCAUUUGAUGGCGGUGAGACCCUCCUGUAUGACCUCAACACAGAGCAGAGUGUCACUAUGCUAGAUACACAGACCAAAGAUGGCAGUGAACUGAUCAACCGUGUCGUCAGUCACCCUUCUGAGCCCAUCUCCAUCACUGCACACGAGAACCGCACCAUCCGCUUUCUAGACAACAAGACAGGUAAAGUUGUCCACUCGAUGGUUGCGCACUUGGAUGCGGUCACCUGUCUUACUACAGACCCUAAAGGCACUUACCUCAUCUCUGGCAGCCACGACUGCUCGGUGCGCUUAUGGAUGCUGGACAACAGGACGUGCGUGCAGGAGAUCACUGCCCACAGGAAGAAGCAUGAUGAGGCCAUUCAUGACGUGGCCUUCCACUCUUCCCAGCCCUUCAUUGCCAGCGCCGGCGCAGAUGCACUUGCCAAAAUCUUUGUCUGACAUCACUGUCGUCGUUCUGAGUCCUACAUCAAUAACUGGGCCAAAAAAGACUGAAGACUACAGUGGAUACAUUUCACCUGCUCAUACAUACACACACACAAUUAGUCCUGCACCCCACUGGCUGGGUCAUCGCCACAGGACGUCAACCAUCAACUUCCUCCCCCUCCGCUCCGAAAACUCCUCACAGUUCUCUAAUGCCUCAGUGACUUCUUGUAAUACUAAUCACAUCUUGUAAUGCUUUUUUAUAACUUUCAAACUCUGGCUGCUCUGUUUUCAAGUAAUCAUAUUUGGAGUAACACUUUUCUACACUACAAUAUUCUGUUCUUUUUUUUCCUUUCCUUUUCACAAAGUACUAUGUGUGUACGCUUGUGCGCUUCAAGUGCUUGCACAAUGCUUGCAUUUCACUGAGAGCCGAGGGGGAAACACUUGAUUUUAAAUUGUUUUUUGUUUUUUUAACAGUUGAAACAUUGCUUGUGGCUAACACACAUACGUAGGCUUGACUUAAAGGAAUAACAGUUCUCAGCAUUGACGGAAAACACCUGACCUAACCUCUGCAUUGGGAAUCAAUGUGUUGCAUUCCAAAGACUCGGUGAGGAGGAUGUGUGUGUGGUGUUGGAGGAUGUUUGAGUUAGUCGUGUGUGCUGUGAGGAGGCACUAGAAAGCUGAAUAGUGUUGAUUGAACAACCUAGUUUCAUUGUAUGUCUGAUUGCUAUAGCGUCCCCGUGAUUCUGCCUCUACGUACGUGUGUGUGUGUGUGCGUGAGAUUAGAUGUCACUUAGAUAACUCUCACAAACUUAUUUCUACAGAUGUACAGUGCGUAUAGAGUCUCUCACACCGCAUGAACCAGCUUAGGAUGGAUAUGACUGAGCAUAGUUAAAGUCUGUAGACUAGAGAGGUGCGAGGCUGGCCUGGUGCUUUUUACUGUACAGAGGAGUGUAUGUGAGUGUGUGUGUAUGUUUGUAUAUGCACUAGUUCAACCACGGUGCUAUGAAAGACUUCAUCAGUCUUGAGUCAGAAUCAGGGACAUGUUUUGUGAGUGUUUCUCUCUCACUGGUCCACACGUGUACGUUCAGUAAAAUCAUCAUUCGUGUGACAUUUCGCUGUUGGAUCAUUUCAUUAAUUGUGGUCAAAUUUCAGAAUUGACAGUCCAUCCUAGUUAUGUUUUUCAUUAGAGGGAUGUGCAUAUGGUCGGCUUUGAGUGUCUCCGGCUCGAGCAGUGCAUCGAGCUGGUAAUUAUUUUACAGUGGAGGAGCUCGGAUGAGAGAUUGUCUCUUUGAAGUCGGUGCCAGUUUUUUUGCAGGCUGCUCGCGUCUCGUGAUUGUUUUUAUUUAUUCGGGCUUUCACAAAAGCCUGACAUCACCUUUACUCGAGUGAUGAGGUGAGGAUUUCUUCUUCUUGAAUGAUGAACACAGGGAGCACAUUAGCCGCAGAACUAAUCUAGUGAAGCGUGUGUCCUCUUCCUGAAGAGGGAUGCUGGACGGGUU